UUAUGGUCCAACAUAUUUCCUAUCUUAUUGGAUUGGAUAUAUGCAGGGAACAUUGAGCUUUUGAACCUCUUAUUCUCAAAAGGAGUUAAUGUGGAAUCACAAAGUGAUGCUGGUACCCCUUUGAUUUGGGCUGCUGGACAUGGGCAGGAAGAAUCAGUGCAAUUUUUGUUAGAACAUCAUGCUAAUGCCAAUGCUGAAACUGAUGACAAUAUCACUCCACUAUUAUCAGCUGUAGCAGCUGGAUCACUUCCAUGCUUGGAAUUGCUACUUCAGGCAGGUGCUAAUCCAAAUGCCAGCGCAGGAGGAGCAACUCCGUUGCAUGUUGCUGCUGAUAACGGAAGUAGAGAAAUUGUCAGUUGCUUAAUAAGAGCUGGAGGAGAUCCUAAUCUAUGUGAUGAUGUAAACUCUUGCAAGUCAUUUUGUUUAUGCUUGAAGCUGACUUGUUGUUUAUCAAUAUCUUAUUAUUGGAUUGUGAAUGUGCCCGACUGUCCAUGUUAGAGAAGUGGGUUUCUGCUUUAGCUCUCAGUGCACAUGAAUUGGGAUGUUAUGCUUAACAUGGAAAUUGGAAUAAUGGCAUUAAGAAAAAAAUCUUUUGCAAAUUAUGAUUCAAUUUCUAUUGAAAUUGACCAUAUCAUAUUUU